AUGGCGGCCAUGGUCCUGUCCAUUCAGGUGCCCCAAGGGCCUGAGACUGGCUCUGCUGAAAAACUGAUGUACUACUUCACGAUCUGGGCCCUGUAUGGAGAGGGGACUGCUCUCUUCUUGCCAAGGGACGUGGACCCCAACCUGUGCACCCGCCUCAGCUACUCUUUUGCUGGCAUGAACAACCACCCACUCCACUCCAUAGAGUGGAAUGACAAGAUUCUCUACCAGGAGUUCAACAGCCUGAAGAUGCGAAAUCUCAAGCUCAAGACUCUGCUAGCCAUCGGGGGCUGGAACUUUGGCACUCGGAAAUUCAUAGGAAUGGUGGCCACUAACAAUCGGCAGAUUGUGGACUCGGCUCUCAAGUUUCUGCACACAUAUGGCUUUGACAGCCUUGACCUUGACUGGGAGUACCCAGGAAGCCAGGGGAGCCCUGCUGUGGACAACCUGCAAGGGGAUGCAGAGAGGUGGCCCCCCAACUCGAGAGUGCUGCUCUGCCUUCAGGGUCAGAUGCUUCAUGUAUUUGCAGAGCUCAGAUUAGCCCCGGGACUUGCCAAGGCCUUCCAGCAGGAAGCCUCGACUUAGGGGAUGGAACGACUCCUUUUGAACACAGCUGUCCCAGGCAGGCAAGGCUAUGUGGAUACUGGCUAUGAGGUGGACAAAAUCACUCACUUGGAUUUCAUCAACCUUCUGGCUUACGACUUCCAUGGUUCUUGGGAGAGCGUCACAGGGCAUAACAGCCCCCUCUUCAAGAGCCAGGGAGAGAGCGUGGUAAGUGCUUCUCUCACUGGGGAUGCUGCUGUACAGCUGUGGCUGCAGAAGGGGACCCCCGCCAACACACUGAUCCUUGGUAUGUCCACCUGUGGACGAUCCUUCACCCUGGCCUCCCUGUCAGACACUGGAGUGGAGGCCCCGGCCACAGGCCGUGCUCCCGGCCCCUUCACUGAGGAAGGAGGGAUUCUUGCUUACCACUGCCUGCGGGUGUGUUCCUGGAAGAGGGAGCAUAGAAUCGAGGACCAGAAGGUGCCCUACGUCUCCCAGGAUAACCAGUGGGUGGGUUUUGAUGCUGUGGAGAGUUUCAAAGCCAAGGUCAGCUAUCUGAAGCAGAAGGAACUGGGGGCCCUGGUCUGGGCCCUGGACUUGGAUGACACGGACUCCUUCUGCACAGGUCCCAUACCCCUCAUCCAGGCACUGUGGUGGGAGCUGAGUCUUCCAUAGGUGCCUUCAGGGUCCCCAGAGCCUGGAAUUCUUGCACCGAUUCAUCCCUUUGAACCUAAGCGGAGUCCCAGUCUUGGAAAAGACAGCUUCUGCCAGGGCAAAUCCAACGGGCUCUACCCACGCCCCCAGAAUCUGUCCAGCUACUAUGGUUUUGCAGGGGGGCAGCAGUUCCAGCAAAGCUGCCCCCCAGGCAUGGUGUUCAGUGCCUCCUGCGAGUGCUGCACCUGGAAAUGA